AUGUCUGCACCAACUAUUCAACCUUUACACCAAUCCCAAACAUCUGCAGUGCCAAAUUUACACAGAUCCAUGUUCAAAAGACAAAACCAAAUUUCCAUGCCGGCUAGAAACAAAUUUGCAUCGCCAACCGAUGACAUGCUAUCACCAUGCUCUCAAAAACUCAACGAUCAUAAAUCCAAGCUUUUCACAUCCAAGGCCAAUCCUACAAAAUUGAAUUUCGCUACAAGAAAAAGCGGUGAGGACUCUGAAGACGAGUAA